GCGUUCGAUUCACCACAGACGCAUUUUUUUUUACCCUUUUUACUUCUACCUCCUAAGCGCUGCUGUUUCCCUCUAGCAACCCUAGAAGAGAACUUCCUUCGGCCGCCAUCGUCUUCCUCUCCUCCCUCCAGCCUCGAAUCCCACUUUGUUCGCCACACCUCGCCGCCAUCGUCUUCCUCUCCUCCCUCCAGCCUCUCCUCCCACUUCGUUCGCCACACCUCGCCGCCAUCAUCUUCCUCUCCCUCCAGCCUCUCCUCCCACUUCCUUCAACAUCUCGCUCGCCGCCAUCCGCCACACCUCGCCGCCAUCAUCUUCCUCUCCUUCCAGCCUCUCCUCCCACUUCCUUCUAUCUCUCGCUCUGCCGCCAACCGCCAUACCCCGCCGCCGUCAUCUUCCUCUCCCUCCAUCGUCUUCCUCCUGCUAGCGACCCGUAAGAAGUAGAAGCAGCAGCCGAAGACGCAUUGCAGCAGCACCGAAGGAGGAAGAAUACGCAUUGCAGCCCUCCCCGCACCUCUGUCUGCUGUAGACCCAUUCCAGGUAAUUACUCUCCUUUAAGCGACCCGAUUAAUGCUUUGUGCUGGUUUGGUAUCCACUCUGGAAGUCUUUUGGUCUGUGAAACCAUGGCCCAGACUUUGUCAAUAGUCGCAUCCACGAUUGCUCUCACACUUCCAUGCCAUUUCAAGUGUACGAUUUCGAGUUCCUGUGAUUGGAGUUCAUGUUCUAAGGAAAGGAUAUCCCACCAUCGGCAGGUCAUCGAAGAACUCCCCUAUUCUUCUCCUGAGAAUCCCUCACUAACCAUGGAUGCAUCUCGGCCCAGCGAGGUCGAGGUCUCCGCUAAGGUAAUAGACAGAAAAUUGGUGGCCCAGCAAAUCAGAGAAGAGAUAGCCGCUGAAGUAACCAGGAUGAAGGAUGCGAUUGGAGCUGUUCCUAGGCUUGCAGUGAUCCUCGUUGGGGACAGGAAGGACUCCGCGACUUACGUGCGGAACAAGAAGAAAGCUUGCGAAUCUGCUGGGAUCAAUUCUUUCAAAGUGCACCUGCAGGAGGAUUCGGCGGAGGCUGAAGUUCUCAAGCACAUCGUGGCUUUCAAUGAUGACCCUGCAGUUCAUGGCAUUCUUGUCCAGUUUCCCCUACCAAAGGCCAAUCGAAUAUGGUGAGAGGGAGUUGGUUAAAGCCUGGUGCCGUCGCCAUUGAUGUUGGAAUCAAUGCUGUUGAGGUGAGAUAAGGCGACUGGUUGCGAUAUAUACUCUGUGCUUUUCUUGAUCAUUUUGUCGAUUGAACUACUGGUCCCUGUAAUACUCAACAUUUUUCUUGAUACUUUCCUCUACUGUUAGAUGUAUUUAACUGAUUAGGAGAGGGUUGUUGGGGUGGUCUUGAGGAGGUCGAAUUCCAGUUCCUUUUGGUGAGUGUGUUGGUCAUUGACUGUUGCUUUGUUUUCUUGUUCUGAUGCAUGUUCAAAAGGAUGCAUCAUGCUCUCGAGGGUAUAAAUUGGUUGGGGAUGUUUGCUACGAGGAAGCCAGCAAAGUUGCAUCUGCAGUAACUCCAGUACCAGGGGGAGUUGGUCCAAUGACCAUAGCAAUGCUUCUUUCCAACCCAUCUAACAACUUUCCGAUGCCACCACGAGGUACGAAAUGAUUGUCUCUUUAUUUUAGUAAUUAUAGUGCACAUCUCAUAUGACUAAUUGAUUUUAUAUCUUAUACGUAAGUAUUAUGUUGUUGAUUCUGGAUAUGCAAACAUUCCUGGGUUUCUAGCGCCAUAUAAGACAAAAGAAGCACGUCAUUUUCAAGAUAUCGAUCGUGAAGGUGGACCAAAGACUCGUAAACAACUUUUUAACUAUUAUCAUUCAUCUCUACGCAAUGUUAUCGAGCGUUGUUUUGGAGUUUUGAAGGCUAUAUUUCCCAUUUUGAAGCAUAUGCCUCCUUUCGCUCUCAAGAAACAAGCACACAUUGUUCUUGCAUGUUGUGUUAUACAUAACUUUAUUAGGAUCCACUCUGGUGACGACACUCUGUUUGAAGAAUAUCAAAAUUAUUGCACGGGGGAGAAUGCCAAUGGAGUGCAAGGAGGACAAGAACGAGAAGCAUAUAAUCAUAGUUCAAGCCAAACUCGAGCAAUGGAUGUACGACGAGAUGGAAUAGCAGACAAGUUGUGGGAUGACUUUCAAGUUGGACUUAUUUGAAUUUUUAUGUUGUACUAGUACUUAAUUAAUAUAAGAUGUUGUACUUGUAUUAUGUUUAUUUGUAGUUUAAAAACUAUUUAAUUCAAAUUAAAAAUUAUAAUCAGGUCUAGGGUUGUAUGAUAAUCAAGAAUAAGAAACCAGAAUGAAGCAACUAAACAAGUUUUCAUUUCAGCUCAAUUUCAGAACUCACCAAAAUUCUCAGCUAAACAAGGUUUUUUCAGGUUUUGUUUUCCAGGAAAUGACAGCUUCGUUUUCUUUUUAAUUUUGUUUUCUGUUGUGGCAGCUAACAGAAAUGGAAUGGCAAGUAAACGGCCCAUAACCUUUAUCGAUUAUUCUUCUCUUGUAACAAAUGGACUAAUUUAUC